CGCCUCCUCAGUCCGCCGCGGCCCGCGAACCAGCACACACCUUCUCGAGGCCGAGGCACACACGCACCUAGUGCACAAGAUGGGUCCCCGUGCCCUGAUCGCCGUCGCGGUGCUCGUCGCCACGGCCGCCGCCGCCCCGCCCGCCGGCCCGCACCAGCACGCGCCCGCGCCCAAGCUCCUCAUCUCGCCCAUCUUUGUCAUCCCGCCCAACGUGAGGACGCCGCCCUUCCUCCUCACGACGUCGGCGGCGCCCUCCUCGACCGAGAGCACGACGACGCUGCCGGUCCCGACCCCCGAGGCCCCCGCAGUCCCCGAGGCCUCCGUACCCGCGGAGUCGGAUCGUGAGCCCUCAUCCGAUGACGUGCUCGAUGAGGAUGACUUCGAGGACCAGGACGGCGGCGAGGACAGCGACAGUGACAGUGACAGCGACAGCGACGGUGACAGAGACAGCUCUGAGCCGCCAACGCCGAGCCCCGAGGGACCCGUGAUUCCCGUGUCGGACCUCCUCCGCCUGUUGGAGACGCUCAGCGCCGCGGUCGAGCAGCGGGACGAGGAGGUCGUGUCCCGCCUCUCCCUGGGCGACCUGGGCCGGGUGGCCGACGAGCCCACCCCUGACAACACCCUGGGCGACCUGCCCGCGGCGCCGGCGGUCUCGGACGACGACAGCGACCCGUCGGUCGCGCUGGUGCGGUGGGCCAUGGAGAGGUUCAGCAACGCCCAGCAGGACGAGGCCCUCGAGGAGAAGGAGGACGCGGACAGGCGCACUAACCGCGUGCGCCGCGGCGCCUUCAGCUCCAGCAGCUCCUCCAGCUCCUCCAGUUCCUCAAGCUCCUCGGGCGGCAAGUCGAACUCGCACUCCGCGUCCAACUCGCAGUCCAACGGCGGUGGCGCAGCCUCCGGCAGCUCCAGCUCCAGCUCCUCAUCCUCGUCCUCUGGCUCCUCCGGCGGCGGCUUUGGACAUCAACCGUACUUCCAGCCGCCCAACUACGGCUACCAGCCGCAGGGCAACUUUGGCUUCGGCCAGCAAGGCGGCUACGGCCAGCAAGGCGGUUUCGGCCAGGGCGGCUACGACCAGGGCGGCUUCGGCAUGGGCGGCUACGGCCAGGGCGGCUUCGGCCAGGGCGGCUACGGCCAGGGUGGCUACGGUGGUGGGGAAGACUCGAGCUCCAAGAGCGACUCCAGCUCCAGCUCCAUGGCCAACGGCGGCGGAAACUACGGAGGCGGCGCCCCCAACUACGGCGGUGGCGUUCCCAACUACGGCGGUGGCGUUCCCAACUACGGUGGUGGCGUGCCCAACUACGGUGGUGGCGUUCCUAACUACGGCGGUGGCGUUCCCAACUACGGCGGUGCUCCGCAGCAGCCAAACUACGGCGGCGGAGUGCCCAGCCACGGCGGCAGCGGCCAGAGCCACUCCAAGAGUGACUCCACUUCCAGCGCCAACUCCGGAUCUCACUCUGGGGGCGGUGGUCACCAGCCCAGCCACGGCGGGGUGCCAAACUACGGCGGAGCUCCCCAGCAGCCCAACUACGGUGGAGCGCCUCAUCAACCAGCCUACGGAGGGGCACCAAGCCACGGCGGCAGCGGCCAGAGCCACUCAAAGAGCGACUCCACUUCCAGCGCCAACUCUGGCUCCCACUCCGGGGGCGGUGGUCACCAGCCCAACUACGGCGGUGUGCCUAACUACGGUGGAGCUCCCCAGCAGCAGCCCAACUACGGUGGUCCGAGCCACUCCGGCAGCAACUCUGGGUCCAACUCGCAGUCGGCGUCCGGCUCUCAGGGUGGCUCACAGGGCGGCUACGGAGCGCACGGAGGUGCGCCCACAGACGGCGCGGGUCUCCUUGAUGUCAGGACGGGCACCGGGUCCAGGCGCUGCAAGACUAAAGCCUGCACGGAGGAAAACGCUAUCCUGCCGCAGUCGCACAAGGGCGCCGCCAAGCCGGCAGUGCCGCGCCCGCUGCCGGCCGGCCCCGGCGACGACGUGGUGGCUGGCCCACUGCUCAGCAAUCGCGGUGGGUUCGGCGCCGCCGCCGAAGAGCCUGCCGCCCCCGCCGCGGCCGCCGCCCCCGAUGCCGGCGGCAACCCCGACUGCUUUGCCACCUCCAGCUCCACCUCCCAGUCGCAGCCGCAGGGCCCUGCGACCGCGCUUAGCAACCGCGGUAAACUGCCAGGCGGCGGUUGCUUCUCCAGCUCCAGCUCUAGUUCACAGACCCCCGGAAAGUGAGACCUACCAGGAGCGGGUCGUCGAACCUCGUCUUUCAACGAAAGUUUUAGCUUUAAGUAUGAUGUAAUGAUGUAAGUAUGACGAUUCCUUCGGUCUGGUUGACUCCUAGACCAAGGGAAACCUUCUCCCGCUAUUUUGUUCAGAUAAAAAUAUUGGGAGAUGGCAUUAUUUGUGAUCGAAUGACUGACUGAGUCCCGGUGAGCGCAAGUGUAAGAUGUGUAUUAAAAAAUUGCCAAUAGUUUUGUAA